UGUUAUCCAUUGUUGGGCUACAGCCUGCGACAUCGAAACAACCACAACCGAAACUUUUCACAUUGGAGUCAAAUAGCCUGCUCAGUCGUGAUUAGUCAGACUAUUUGAUUCAUUUACCCGACAGGCACAACUUUGAGAAGUUACCGAAAAAAGAAGAACUAACCUCGGUUAGUGACGGGAGUUAAAAAGGGAAGAAAACUUUGAGUCAAGGAGUUCUCCUCAAAUUCCCAUUCCUCCAUUUUGAACUUUUUAAACUCAACUUGUUCGAGUGGGUUGUUGUUGAAUCUGUAAGAACAUGACAAGCAUCAAUACUGCCAACAUCAACUUUAAAUGGGAUCCAAAGAGCCUGGAGAUCCGCACUUUGGCAGUGGAGAGGCUGCUGGAGCCCCUGGUCACCCAGGUCACCACUCUGGUAAACUCGAGCAACAAAGGCCCUUCUAACAAGAAGAAGGGACGCUCUAAGAAGGCUCAUGUUUUGGCUGCCUCAGUGGAGACUGCUACCCAGAACUUCCUGGAGAAAGGAGAAAAGAUUGCAAAGGAAAGUCAGUUCCUUAAAGAUGAGCUGACUGCUGCUGUGGAGGAUGUCCGCAAGCAAGGAGAGUCGAUGAAGUUGGCAUCUGGAGAGUUUGCAGAAGACCCCUGCUCUUCGGUGAAGAGGGGCAACAUGGUCCGUGCUGCCAGGGCUCUCCUCUCAGCUGUCACUCACCUGCUUGUGUUGGCAGACAUGUCAGAUGUGUACAAACUGCUAUUGCAGCUCAAACUGGUGGAGGACAAUCUGGUGAAAGUGCGUAAUGCAGGAACAGAGCAGGACCUGGGGAUCCAAUAUAAGGCCCUGAAACCAGAGGUGGACAAGCUGAACAUCAUGGCCGCCAAGAGACAGCAGGAGCUGAAGGACGUGCACCACAAGGACCAAAUGGCUGCUGCCCGGGGGGUCUUACAGAGGAACAUCCCCAUGCUGUACACAGCGUCCCGUGCCUGCCUGCAGCACCCUGACGUGGCAGCCUACAAGGCUAACCGUGACCUCAUCUACAAGCAGCUGCAGCAUGCAGUGUCAGGCAUCUCCAAUGCCGCCCAGGCCACUGCCACUGAAGACUCAGCCCUCAAUCAGCCAGCAGGGGGAGGAGAGCUUGCCUAUGCCCUCAACAAUUUUGAUAAACAAAUCAUCGUGGACCCCCUGGCGUUCAGCGAGGAGCGGUUCCGUCCCUCUCUGGAGGAGCGCCUUGAGAGCAUUAUCAGUGGCGCUGCCCUGAUGGCUGACUCUUCGUGUACACGCGAUGACCGCAGGGAGCGCAUCGUGGCUGAAUGCAACUCUGUGCGUCAGGCUCUUCAGGACCUUCUGUCUGAGUAUAUGGGCAACGCUGGCAGGAAAGACAGGAGUGAUGCUCUAAAUAGCGCCAUCGACAGGAUGACAAAGAAGACCAGGGACCUGCGCAGACAGCUGCGUAAAGCUGUAAUGGACCAUGUCUCUGACUCCUUCUUGGAAACUAAUGUUCCUCUCCUGGUCCUGAUUGAAGCUGCCAAGAACGGCAACGAGAAGGAAGUCAAGGAGUAUGCACAGGUGUUCCGUGAACAUGCCAACAAGCUGAUUGAGGUGGCCAACCUGGCAUGCUCCAUCUCCAACAAUGAGGAGGGAGUGAAACUGGUCCGUAUGGCAGCCUCCCAGCUGGAAACUCUCUGCCCUCAGGUGAUUAAUGCAGCGUUAGCCCUUGCUGCCAAGCCCAACAGUAAGGUGGCCCAGGACAAUAUGGAUUUGUUCAAGGAGCAGUGGGAGAAGCAGGUCCGUGUCCUCACUGAUGCUGUUGAUGACAUAACAUCCAUUGAUGACUUCCUUUGUGUAUCUGAGAACCACAUCCUAGAGGAUGUGAAUAAAUGUGUGAUCGCUCUGCAAGAGAAGGAUGUUGAUGGCUUGGAUCGCACAGCUGGGGCUAUUCGAGGUCGUGCUGCCAGGGUGGUCCAUGUGGUCACCUCAGAAAUGGAUAACUAUGAGCCUGGAGUCUACACUGAGAAGGUCUUGGAGGCCACCAAACUCCUCACUGACACAGUCAUGCCACGGUUCACAGAGCAGGUGGAGGCUGCAGUGGAGGCCCUGAGUGCAAAUCCUGCACAGCCUGUGGAUGAGAACGAGUUCAUUGACGCAUCCCGCCUGGUGUAUGAUGGCGUUCGCGACAUCCGAAAGGCUGUCCUCAUGAUCAGAACUCCAGAGGAGCUGGACGACUCUGACUUUGAGACGGAGGACUUUGAUGUUCGCAGCAGGACCAGCGUGCAGACUGAGGAUGACCAGCUUAUUGCCGGCCAGAGUGCCAGGGCUAUCAUGGCGCAGUUGCCCCAGGAGCAGAAGGCAAAGAUUGCUGAGCAGGUGGCCAGCUUCCAGGAAGAGAAGAGCAAGCUGGAUGCUGAGGUAUCCAAGUGGGACGACAGCGGCAAUGACAUCAUCGUGCUGGCUAAGCAGAUGUGCAUGAUCAUGAUGGAGAUGACAGACUUCACCAGGGGGAAAGGACCGCUGAAGAAUACGUCUGAUGUCAUCAGCGCUGCUAAGAAAAUCGCAGAGGCGGGAUCAAGAAUGGACAAGCUAGGCCGCACCAUCGCUGAUCACUGCCCUGACUCUACCUGUAAGCAGGACCUGCUGGCCUACCUACAGCGUAUUGCCCUGUACUGCCACCAGCUCAACAUCUGCAGCAAGGUCAAAGCCGAGGUCCAGAACCUGGGAGGAGAGCUGGUUGUCUCUGGGGUGGACAGCGCCAUGUCUCUCAUCCAGGCAGCCAAAAAUCUGAUGAACACAGUGGUAUCGACUGUGAAGGCCUCCUAUGUGGCGUCUACCAAGUACCAGAAGGUCCAAGGCAUGCAGUCCCUCAACAUGCCGGCCAUCUCCUGGAGGAUGAAGGCACCUGAGAAGAAGCCGCUGGUGAAGAGGGAGAAGCAGGAUGACGGCCAGACUAACAGAGUCAAGAGAUCCUCUCACAAGAAGCAUGUUAAUCCUGUGCAAGCCCUGAGCGAGUUCAAGGCCAUGGAUAGCAUCUAAAUCCACUAUUUAUAAUUCAAGAGGAAGGGAGAGACGAUAUAUUGGUCAAUAAAUUGAGCUUGACAGUUAAUCAGAAAGAAAGGAUUUAACACAUUUAAAAGACGUUACUCCAUCUUUGCAUAGUCAGCUUGUCUGUUUGACUUGGAGUUGCUUUGUAGUGGCUUCCUACGGUUAUACCCAUUAUAGUCCUACUCUGUCUCUCUUAUCUCAAACAAAAGCUCUGAUUUGCUCUAGUCUGUAGCAUUAAGUAUUAAUUCUCUUCUGGGGAAAUUGCAGUUAAAGCAAACAACUGGACAAAGGCAUUUUUUUAACCUAUCCUUUUUUUUCUGUCAUGUUUAUAAGUGGCAAAGAAGCAUUGGCUUUCAUAGAUGUUGUAAGAACUAAUUCUAAGAGGCUUUCGAUUAGAUUUUUUGAGUAUUUUGUAUCCUAACCUGUUUUAUAAUAAUAUUGUGGGGGUCUCUUUGGUGUUCCACUAUGUUUAUGAUUGUGGCACAGUGACUUGUAAUGUGUAGUUCAGAUAUCAACUAUGCAAAAUCUCAAAUUCCUUAUUUUAACUCAAGCAAUAACUGUAGUUCAUUUGGAUGUGCUGAGGUAACUCUUGAGGUUUUAAAUGUUUUGGUUUAGGUCUAAGGAACCAAAGUCAAUAUUUUUCCAUGUGUGCUCACAUUGUUAUGUCUUUAUAUAUCUAUAUACAAAUAUAUAGUUUGUUAUGCCACUAUACACAGUUCAGUCCUUCACUAUUUUCAGUACUGUAUUUCUAAUGAUCUUGUGGUCCCUUUUAUUUGGACGGGUAAAUGUUAUAUAUAUAUUUUUUUCCCUCUUUAUUCUAAGUACACCCCCCCAGGCUUUAUCAUUGUCAUGUUUCUUUGAUGCAGCAAACCAAAGGUAAUAGAGAGCAGUCCAACCAACCCUCUUUUUCUGCUACAUAAGACUGGUGCAGGUGCUGCAUCCAACACCUCUAGCACACAGAUCCACCCAGUCAGUGAGCCUUUGUAAAUGCGCUCUCAACUGCUCGAGGAGCCUGGAAGAACUAAGUGGGCUCAACAAUGAAUAGACCAUGUGUCACUGUUCUCUAAAGCUGACAGGCUCCAUUAACUGUCAGUGAGACUAAACACCUCCACAGUCUAAGAAUGUGUCCAAAUUGAGGGAUCAAUAUGUUUUCUCUGUACAGCUUAGAGGGUGGGCGGGGAAAAGAGGAAAUUCCACUGGCUUUAACCUCUGCUCACUGUGACUCGCCUUCUGUCAGAUCCAAGGCCUUAAGCUUGAACAAGAAUUAAGAUUUUAUACUAUGCGCAAUCAUACUGUUUGUUAAGCAUUUGAAAGGUCUUCUUUUAGCUGUUGUGGAAGUCCUUGGAAGAAUUUUGAGGGUGUUGGAGCUUUAAAAUGGUUAACAGAGUGGGAAGUUAACAAGAGCCAACAGCCAAAGGUUGCCACGAGUUUGGCUGUGGCUGGGGAUUUGAUCUGCUCUACCAGCCUCUUGAUUGGGUAACCUUCCUCCUCUCUCUCCUAAAAAGAAAAAAAUAAAAUAAAAUAAACAAGUAAAAAUGUGGCUUGUGAAUUUUUCACCCACCGUGGCUAGCGACUGACAGUUAAUUCCCUGCCCUGUUAACAAGGGAAAGACCUUUUUUACAUUAGGUAAGAUCAGUAGAAAGGAAAGGAGUGGCUCUUUGCAGCUUGUUUUCCAGUCACAACAUAGCUCUCUGCUGCAUAGUGAUGCAUUGGUGCACAGAGCGGCUUUGAAAUCCUGCUGCCUUCUGGUUGAAGCUCAAUCUUUUCUCACUCAUUUGACAUCUGUAAACUAUAGCAGAAUGGGCAUGUCAGGUUAUUUGACAGAUGGGAGAUUUUUUUUUUUUCUUUUUCCCUUUUUUUUAAGGGGAGGGCAGACUCAAGCAUUUUGAGUAUGUUUCCAGUGUGGUAAGGUUUUCCUGUUGAUUUACAUCUUUUGCUGUGAUGUUUAGAGUUUGACUCUGGAGUGUUCAUACUACUUUGCUGUGGAAAUUAUUAUUGAGAGCUGACUUUAUACUGCACACUAUUUUCCAUAUUCAUGUGCCUGCUUUAUAUCUUAAUAAACAAAUUAGAUGGAUCCACUA